UUUAGUUUGUGUUUUCGAUUUGUUUACCGCCACCUGCUUCCCCCAGUCGGAUCAAAGCAAAACAGAUAUUAAAAAUUAUUUGUUUAUCAUUAUUUUAUAAAUUAUCCGUGAACCUCUGUAUAAUUUUACUAUGCGUCGCUCUUGGAGAGGUCGUUACCGAAACAACUGGCCUCGAUUUAACAGAAAUAAAUCAAACAACAAUUGCGAUAGUACAAGUUUGAACAAUUCUGCUGAUUCUACCCGAAUAAACAGUACUUCUGGAUCUACUAGACCGCCUUCAAAUCAAACACCUAUUGUAUUUCCUAUCAACACUACAAAUAGCUUAUGGAAACUUUAUUUCCCAUCAGAAGACUAUUCUUCAAGUAAUGAUACAGCUGAACAUAUUCAACACGUUAAAUCAUACAUUGAAAGAAACAGAAGUUUAUUUGAUCUAGAAAAAAUAGAUCAAACUCGUAGUGUACCAUUGGAUGUUCAAAAUUUAACAAAUGAUGUUGAAUUCAAAAAUGGAUGGGCUACUUUUGAAACUGAUUUGUUUGAGAAACCAGAAUCCACAUUACACCUGCUUGAGUUUUGUUUACAUGAGUGUUUAAAAUGUGAGUCAAAAAUCAAAGUGCGCAUUCUAAACCAUCAACCAAUAAUACCACUAUCCAAUUUAAAAGUAAAUUACUAUGGAAAACUAGUGACUAUAAAAGGCACUGUAAUCCGUGUGGGCAGUGUUGGUCUGAUAUGCACUUCAAUGGCUUUCGAGUGCUCCAGUUGCCAUGGCGUCCAGGCUGUGGUACAACCGCAGGGAGUAUUCACAGCUCCAAACCAUUGUCAAAGUUGUAACAAAGGUUCCAAAUUUGAGCCUUUGCAAUCCUCGCCUUUUACGAAUACUACUGAUUGGCAAGUUGCAAAAAUACAAGAAAUACAGUCACAGAGUGUUUCUGGCACAAUACCCCGAAGUGUAGAAAUAGAGCUACAAGGCGACCUGGUGGGAACAGCUUGCCCUGGAGACGUAUUGUCUGUUACUGGUAUUGUACAAGUCCGUGGAGAAAGUAAGGGCGGCGAAGAUGGCAAAAGGGCAGCAAGGCUGUUGCAGCUCUACAUAGAAGCAGUGUCCAUACAUAGCCAGAGGAAUCUAAGCAACCCUACCCUAUCUUUUACUUUGAAAGAUUACUAUGCAAUACAGGAGAUUCAUGCAUCUGACGACGUUUUCAAGCUGCUAGUCCACUCGCUAUGCCCGACCAUCUUCGGCCACGAGGCCGUAAAAGCGGGGCUAGUGUUGGGGCUGAUAGGCGGCACUGAACUUGACAACGGCCCCAGGUCUAACCCCCACGUGCUGGUAGUGGGAGACCCUGGCCUGGGGAAAUCGCAGUUGCUGCAGGCUGCUGCUCAUGCUGCGCCAAGAGGUGUUUACGUCUGCGGCGCGUCAGCGUCGGCCGGCGGUCUCACCGUGGCGCUGGGCAGAGAAGCGGGCGGAGACUUCGCCCUGGAGGCCGGCGCGCUGGUACUCGCCGAUAGAGGUGUCUGCUGCGUCGAUGAGUUGGACAAGAUGACAGCGCACCACAGCAGCCUGUUAGAAGCAAUGGAACAGAGGAGAGUGAGUGUAGCCAAAGGUGGAGUUGUGUGCAGUUUGGCGGCGCGAGCCACUGUACUGGCGGCGGCCAAUCCGGCUGGAGGCAGUUAUAACCGGGCCAAAACCGUGGCGGAAAAUCUGAAGCUCAACUCGGCUCUCUUGUCCAGAUUUGACUUGGUGUUUAUUCUUCUAGAUCAACCCGACGAGAAAAUUGAUGCGAUGUUAUCAGAACACGUCUUGGCCAUGCAUAGCGGCCAUAAAACGAACGUCAGAAGCCAGGAUGCUAAUACUAGUAUUAUUACUAGUCAGUGUAAAAAAGAACCCUCACUAAGCAAACGUCUUAGACUGAAACCUGGGGAAAAUAUCGACACAUUACCUAUAGUAUUACUACGAAAAUACAUAGCUUACGCUCGCAGAUACGUUCACCCAAAACUGUCUGUGGAGGCGGCAAAUACCUUACAAAAUUUCUACUUGGAUCUUAGACACAAUCACCAAAAUAGCUGUGAUGGAACGCCUAUUACUACUAGACAACUGGAGGCUUGCAUCAGACUUGCACAAGCCAGAGCAAGAGUGGAUUUAAGGGAAAAUGUUACAGAACAAGAUGCUAAUGACGUCAUUAGUUUGGUGAAGCACAGCCUAAUGGACACAUUCAGUGAUGAGUUUGGAAAUAUACAGCUAUCCAGAUCGAUCAAUGGGUCGGGAGUCAGUUCUAGAAAUAAAUUAAAGAAGUUUCUUGACGCGUUGACUAGGCGAUCACAUCAGUUAGGUAAAGACGUUUUCACGAGGCAAGAAAUGAUACAGAUCCACAAGGCGGCCGGCGUGCCGGGUGAUGCCAACGACCUCAUUGAGGCUAUGCACGUGCAUUCCUAUCUACUAUUGAAAGGAUCUAACACAUAUCAACUUUUGCCAUAUAAAUUAAAAUUUUAUAACAAUACAUUCUUUGAUUAA